AUCACAUCACCACGCUUCUGCUGGAAGGAUAAAGAGCACCAAUUCAUCAGAAGAAACACAUCAUGUCGGAUACAAUCAAAACAAAUCCAGACGAUACUCCAUUAUUGAAAACAUUGGAAGGAGUUGAUGCUACCAAUGCUAGGAAAGAGUUGACAAUGGAAGAGGUACAUCGGGAUUGGCCACACUUCUUUGUCUAUUCCUCCAAAACACCACUCCACCAUGCUAAAAUCAAGAGAGAUUUGAAGAGUGAGCAGGAAAAAUUGUGUUUUGACAAGGUAGAAGAAUACGUUCUUUCUGAUGCUUUCAUCAAGGAUGUUGAAAAGUCGUGUUCCGAUUCAUUUAGAACCCAACAACUUUCACAACGACCUCUAAUGAGAAUUGAUUUGGCCAGCAUUUCCAACACAGAGCAGGAAGUAGUUGAUGAUCAUGGUUUGAUUGUAGAUGUAUUCAGUUUGUUGAGAUUUUGCAAUGCCAGAAAGUUUGACUUGAAUAAUACCAAAGAGUUACUUACUGAAACAAUUUCGUUUAGAUUAGAAAAAAAACCACAUCUGAUAACUAAAGAACAAGUGCAAGUGGAAAUUUCCAAAGAGAAGGGCGUAUGGUGUGGUUAUUCAAAGCUGAACAACCCAAUUAUUUACAUCAGUCCACAAAAUCAUGUGACAUAUGACAGAGAUUUUGAUACUACCAUAAAUUUUACACUCUUUAUGGGAGAAGUGGGUAUGAAAAUGAUUAGAGAGUACAAUCAGAAAUAUGUACUACCACUAUUGUCAACUCAAAGUGCAGAAGAUGUCUUGGAGAAAUAUGUGGAACAAUAUGUGAUAGUGUAUGAUGGAAGAACAAUUGCUAUGAAGAAUUGUGAUGUAGCCAUUAUCAAAGAAUUUUUGAGAAUUUCCAAUUAUUAUGCAGAGAGAUUGAGUUCUGUUGUUGUAUAUAGUCCUAAUUGGACCUACAAGAUUAUGCUCAAGAUGAUUUCACCAUUUGUAGAUAAGAAAACAUAUGACAAAAUCAAAGUAGCCUAUGAUGUUAAUGAAGUGGAUGAUCUGUUAGAAAUAGAAAAUGUUCCAACUCAAUUUGGUGGAAAAGCAACAGUGAAAUUCAAUGAAGACAGUUGAGCUAAUAAGACAUUUAACUAUUGGCACCUUAGCAGUGAACUACUCAGUAGUACAGUAAUCCCAAUAAUCAAUUGAUUGAAACCUCUUUGUAAUUUAAAUCAUCUUUUUGUAAAUUAAUUAAACAAAACUCACCUCUUG